AGACUGAAGAAAUUAAUUUUAUUGUCAUUAAAUAUAAAUACAAUCUGAAGAUAUCGUUAUCAUUGAUGGCAUUUGGUCACCAAAUUAACACCAGAUAUGCCACACAUUAUUCGGGCAGUAAUUCAUCUGAUGGUUGGAACGGCUGGUUGUAUCCCAUGUUGUUUGUUGUCUUACCAUUAGUGGCAUUCCUGAUGGUUAUGGCAUUGAUUGCAUGCAAUGUCUAUGAAUAUUAUCAGAAGAAGAAGCGUUUGCAACAAUACGAGCACUGCUCUCAACACACGUUAACUCCUCAUUUGGUUUCAGAUAAGACUAUGGAUUAUAAUCCAAACAAUUACGAGGGCUCUGGCAGUGGUUAUAAUGAGUCUCAGUAUACCUAUAAUACUAUUGUCGGAAAUUAUUUUACUGAAGAAAUAAAUCGGACACCAAUUAGACCGAUGAGUGGUUGGGUCGCACCUCAUAUGUAA